AUGGCGGACAAGGCACCCUAUCUCGGCCUGCGAGGCAAACGCCUGACAACAGCCCUGAUUGUCAUGGUUGUCUGCCCGGCCUAUAUCAUGAUCGGGUAUAACAAUGCAGCUGCCGGUGGUCUGUUGACACUUCCAUCCUUUGUCGAGACCUUCCCGAGGAUUGAUACUGUCAAUACGACUGGCAAACAGCAGGCGGAUAAUGCAAGGAUUCAGGGCACCGUUGUGGCACUGUACACCGUGGGUUGCAUGUUCGGCUCUCUUCUAUGUCUGAAGCUCGGGGACAAACUCGGCCGCCUGCGCACCAUCAUGAUCGGCUCCGUCAUCGAAAUCGUCGGCGCCACCAUCAUGUGUACGUCCUUCUCUCUGGGCCAGCUCCUUGUCAGCCGUGUCGUCCUCGGCUUUGGCUUUGGCGCCAUCAGCGCCACGGUGCCCGUAUGGCAGUCUGAGUGCUCGCCCGCCGAACACCGUGGAGCACUGGUCGUACUCGAGGGGAUGUUUGCGAGCUGUGGCCUGGCGCUCAGUCAGUGGGUCGAGUUGGGCUUCUUUUUCGCGCCGGGCAGCGUGAGCUGGCGGUUUCCCUGGGCGUUUCCCAUUGUGCUCGCCAUCUGGAUUCUCGCAGCUUGCAUGUUCCUACCCGAUUCACCGCGGUGGCUGGUCAAGAAGGGACGCAUUGCCGAAGCGACCUCCAUCCUCGCCAUCCUCGAAGACCUGCCGGAGGACUCACCUGAGAUUCAGGCCUCGAUCCACGAGAUGCAAAAUUCUCUCGCAGAAAUGGACAAAGGCAGCCUUCUGGGUCUGUUCCGCAACAAGGGUGACCGGCUGCUCAAUCGCACCUUCUUGGCAUGCUUCAGCACCUUUUCGCAACAGAUGAACGGCGCCGGCGUGAUUGGGUUUUAUACGACAACCAUUUUCGAACAAUAUGUCGGUCUGCCGCCCCUCACAUCCCGCAUUCUGUCGGGCUCGGUGUACACCUGGCAGAUUGUCUGCUCUUUCUUGACCAUCUACACCGUCGACCGCAUCGGUCGUCGCCCUCUCAUGCUUCUCGGUGCCGCAGGCAUGGGCGUUGUAUUCAUCAUCCUUGUUGGCACUGUUGGCCACGCCGCAGAUUCUCGCGCAUGCUCCAUCGUAUCAGCCCUGUGUGUCUUUUUGUAUGGCUUCUUCUUCACCGUCGGCGCAUUGGGGGUGAACUAUCUCUACGGCACGGAAGUCGCCCCUUUGGCAUAUCGCGUACCAAUUUACAGCCUGACCUCGACGACGCUGUGGAGUUUCAACUUUCUCGUGGUGGAGAUUACGCCGAUUGGGUUUACGAACCUGGGGAACAAGUUCUUUAUCAUCUUUGCGGUGACUAACCUGUGCAUCAUUCUCCCUGUGGUAUAUUUCUUCUUCCCUGAAACUCGCAGACAUUCGCUCGAGGCUAUCGAUGCCGUUUUCAAGGGCGCCAGCAGUCCCUUUGACGUUGUCCGUCGUGCUAAGAAGCUCCCAUCUGAUGUCGUGCGGCGGGAUGAUGCAAUCCAUAUGGUUGAAGCUGGAAAGUCGAGUGAGUCGAAUACACCGGUCGAAGGGGAGGACUCACAAAAUGAGAAAGCCGUCUUUCAAAUGGUGGAGAAAGUGGCAUAG